UGCCUCGCUUUACGGCCAUGCGUCGACUUUCGAUUUUUCACGUCCUUCAGAGCCAGAACCAGUGAAUCAACUAGCUACCUGUCUACCAUGGCGAAGCUCAGCAAAGAGACCAAGCAGCGGCUGCAGACGGUAUUCCAGGCCGGACAGUUCGUCAUCCGCUGGGGUUUCAUUCCCACGGUGCUCUACCUGGGUUUCGCCCGAGGGGGUGAUCCUGGUAUGCCGGAGCCCAACAUCCUGAGUUUGCUGUGGGGCUGAGGACAACCCUGACCCGGCCAAUCACCUCCUCCAAACAUGGUCAUGUGACUCCCAGCUGUCACCAUGGAAAUGGACGCCAUCUUUCCCUCACCAAUUUCUAUUUGGCCAAUAUAUUAUAGGAUGGUUGGAACUUUCUUUGUCACUACACUCAGUUUGGGUCGGAGACCUGAAGCUCUGAACACCAAAUGGCAUGAUGGACAUCUUAUUCUGAAACUGCACCUUUACUGCUGUGUGAUGGACCGUUUCGCUCUCAUUUAGUUUCCUCUCAGUUUGAAAACAUGUAAAACCUUGUUGUCUUGUCAUUUGGUCAUGGAUCUGUGUUUGUCUGUUUACUUUAAAUGAUCCUGUAUAAAAUGUCUGCCUGUU